AAUAAUUUAAUACUGUCCAGCCACUUUCUUUUCCAUCCACAGAAUGGAAUCCAAAGAGCUUUGCACAUUAGAAAAGAGAGGCAAUAUCUUCCUCCUAACUUUAACCGGCAACGAUGACCACCGUUUACAUCCCAACCUUAUCGACUCCAUCUCCGCCGUUCUCCGCCGCGUCCGAUCCGAAUCUACUUCCUCUUCCUCCGCUCUGAUUACCACAGCCCAAGGCAAAUACUUCUCCAAUGGUUACGACCUUAAGUGGGCCUUAGUGGACAAAGCCCGCCAAAAACUCAUGUCCAGAAAGCUCCGAAGUCUCGUUUCCGACCUAAUAACCCUACCUAUGCCAACAAUCGCCGCCGUCACCGGUCACGCUUCCGCUGCCGGCUUCGUCUUCGCGCUUUGCCAUGACUACAUCCUGAUGCGCAAGGAUCGAGGGUUUCUCUACAUGAGCGAGCUGGAUAUUGGGUUUCCGAUACCGAUUUGGUUUUCGGCUUUAGUGAAGUGCAGAAUGGGGUCGCCGGCGGUUCGGCGUGAGGUGGUGAUGAAAGCUGCUAAAGUAACGGCUGAGAUGGGAGUCCAAAUGGGUUUUGUCGAUUCGGCUCAUAGUGGAGCGGAAGAGACUGUGGAGGCAGCAAUUAAGUUAGGUGAGGAAUUGGUGAGCAGAAAUUGGGAUGGGAAAACAUACGCUGGUUGUAGGAAAACGCUAUUUUUGGAGCUACUGAAUUCGCUUGGUUCUGAUGAGACUGUGGGAGAUUAUGGGGACGAGGAGGCAAACAAGACACUAGCCAAGCUGUGAGUAGUCUCUCAUGGAUUAUAUUAUUCGAAUUUUAAAAAAAUAUUAUCACGCAGUGUUCGAUUCUUUGAUAAUGCACUUAUUUUUUUAAAGCCCUACUGUCUUAGGCAUUAUGUGUGCGCUUUUACUUGUAUUAGUAUGGUAUCACUGAAUUAUGAGUAUUAUGUAAUACAAAAUGUAUUAAAAUGUUUAUCCUUU